AUGUCGUUGCUGCGCUUGCCCUGUGAGCUUUUAUUGUGCGUCGCUGAGUUUCUUGAGACGGAGGAGGAUAUAAAUGCUCUAUCUCAAGUCAACCGCCUGCUUCAUGCUGUCAUCAACCCAUACUUGUAUCGAUUCAAUGCAUGGAACUCAGAAAGCUCGGCGCUAGUAUGGGCUGCAGCGUACGGAGCAAAAGAUACUGCACAAAUCAGCAUCCAGGCGGGCGCUCACCUGGAUGCGGGCGAUGAAACAGGCUUCACUGCAUUGUCCAUCGCCGCGAUGAACGGGCACGAGCAGGUGGUCCAGCUUCUACUUGAAACCGGACAGGUUGAUCUGAACGCCAUGGAUUUUGAGCUAGGUCGGGCUCCGCUAGGCUGGGCUUCACAAUAUGGACAUGCCGCUGUGGUAAAACUGCUAUUUGACACCGGGCUAGUUGAUGUGAAUUCAAGAGAUCAUCUGCUUCUAACCCCACUAACAUUGGCCGCACAAUCAGGGUAUGAGGCGGUAGUGAGGAUCCUUCUCGACACCGGCAAAGCCGAUGUAAACUCAAAAGAUGUCACUGGGUCGACAGCACUCGGGUGGGCUGCGGAGUUUGGACAUGAUACGGUGGUCAGGCUGCUCCUUGGAACUGGAGAAGCCGAAGUGAACUCAAAAGACUCCGAGGGCGGUCGAACACCGCUAUCGCGAGCCGCAGAAAACGGACAUGACUUCUUAGUCAAACUGCUGAUCGACACUGGAGUAGUUGAUGCGGAUACUAAAGACAAUUUUAGCCGAACACCACUGUCCCGGGCUGCAGAAAAUGGACACGAGACAGUGGUACGUUUAUUGCUAGAAACCAGAAAGGUUGAUACGGACUCGAGAGAUCAUGAAGGCGCAUCGCCACUCGCUUGGGCCUCACAGAAUGGUCACGCUACAGUUGUGAAGCUGCUGCUUGACAGUGGACAAGUGGAUAUAGACUCUAAGGACUUCCUGGGCCGCACACCAUUGUUUCAGGCUGUGGUGAACGGGCAUGAGACGGUGACGAAUCUUUUGUUGAGAGCUAGCAGAGAGGAUGACGAGUCGAAGAUAGCACUUUGA